AAUUCUGAAUCUCAAUUAGCAAGGCUGCAAGGCUUGUCUAAAUCAAUAUAUAUUAUUUUGUUCAUCUUUGUUUUCUUUGGCUAAUCUACUGGUUUGUUCUUAAUUUCUUGAUCUCCAUCUUGGAAAAUGUCGGGGUUGGUGGACAAGGCCAAACACUAUGUGGCAGAAAAGGUAGCAAAUGUGCCGAAGCCUGAUGCAAGCCUCACAGAUGUUGAUUUCAAGAAAGUGAGUUUUGACUCUGCGGAUUACAUUGCAAAGGUCUCUGUGAACAAUCCCUACCCACAUCCUCUCCCCAUCUGCGAGAUCAAAUACACUCUCAAAAGCGUUGGCAAGGUUAUUGCAUCUGGGAACAUGCCAGACCCUGGCUCGAUAAAGGCAAGUGGCACUACUGUAUUGGAGGUGCCGGUGAAGGUGCCACAUAGUAUUAUUGUGACAUUGGUAAAGGACGUUGCUAAGGAUUGGGACAUUGACUAUGAGUUGGAUUUGGGUCUCAUCAUUGACCUUCCUCUGGUUGGGAACAUUACCAUACCACUCAAUAGGAAGGGCGAAAUCAAGCUUCCCACCUUAUCUGAGGCCAUUUGGGGUUCAAAUGAUGAAGCUGCAAAAGAGGCUUCCAAGGAGACUAAAAAGGAGAUUGCAAACUAGACAUGGCUAGAUCCGAAGACGAUAAAAAGGUGAAAGUCGAAUUCUCGUAAUAAAUGUAAGAGUACAUAGUUUAUCUUUAGAAAAAGAAAGGUGAAAGUCGAAUUCUUGUCAUGUGGAUGAGCAUUAUGUCAAUUGCUUUCUUCCCGGUAUUGAAUUGGCAUUGGGAAGACAUUUUAGUACUUAGUAGCAAUAUAUUAAAGUGGGGUUGGUUUGGGAAUAGGCUUCCUACUAAUUGAUUAAUUUCAUGCGGCACCCUUUAAUCCUUUCCUUGUAAUGUCGCGUCAGAUCUACUUUUUGUUUUAUAUUCAUGUAAUUAUUUUUACUUAAUUGACGAUUCUAAGUUUAUUUCUUA